UGGAACUCAGUUCUGCCCAAACUCCAAAAGGAUGGUAGAGAAUUGACCAAGAAAAAGAAAGAAGUCUGUUAACAGGCCAUGGAUGCACGAGUAGUUAAAGAUACGGCAACUGGAAAAUCCAAAGGCUAUGGCUUUGUAUCUUUUUACAACAAACUGGAUGCAGAAGAUGCAAUUGUGCGUAUGGGAGGUCAGUGGUUGGGUGGUCGUCAAAUCAGAACCAGUUGGGCCACACAUAAACCACCUGCACCUAAAAGUGCACAAGAAAAUAACACUGAGCAGUUGAAAUUUGAAGAUGUAGUAAACCAGUCAAGUCCAAAAAAUUGUACUGUGUACUGUGGAGGAAUUGCUUCUGGGUUAACAGAUCAGCUUAUGAGACAGACAUUCUCACCAUUUGGGCAAAUUAUGGAAAUCAGAGUUUCUCCGGAGAAGGGCUAUUCAUUUGUCAGAUUUUCCACCCAUGAAAGUGCAGCCCAUGCCAUUGUCUCAGUGACUGGUACUGCGAUCGAAGGGUGUGUUGUUAAAUGCUCUUGAAAAGAAUCUCCUGAUAUGACUGAAAACUUCCAACAGGUCAACUAUAGUCGGUGGGGCCAGUGGAGCCAAGUUUAUGGAAAUCCACAAGAGUAUGGGGAUUUGAGUCCAGUGGCAAAUGGGUGGCAAGUACCACCUGACGGAGUAUACGGGCAGCCAUGGAAUCAGCAAGGAUUUGGAGUCGACCAAUCACCUUCAGCGGCUUGCCUGGGUGGAUUUGGUGCUCAGCCUCCCCAAGGACAAGCCCCUCCCCCUGUAAUACCUCCUCCCAACCAGGCUGGAUAUGGCAUGGCCAGUUACCGAACACAGUGCGCUGGGACUCUAAACAAAAUGUAAUUCAUGACAGCUUCAGUUUCCUUGUGACAUUCUGAAGACAUGAAAGUAGACAUCGGAAAAUGAAAAUAUUUAUUUUAAAA